AUGAGCUAAUAAAGUGUUUUCAAUUCAAAAUUACAACAAGCCUUAGAUUGCCUUAUUGAUGACACACUCAAACCAUUUGACCCCUAUAGGUUUGCGACAAUUAUGGAAAUAAAGUAAGUACAAUAAGGAAGUUCUGAAUAACAAAAUAAAGCAAGUAAUUAAAUUCCCCAUGAAUUGAAAAGUUAAAAAACUCGUGAAACUCUCUAUAAACUUUGGAGUAAGAUAAAACAAGAAUUGCAAGUAUAAAUUAUUAUUAUAUUAUAUAAGGAGAGAUUUUCUAAUAUUACUAUUAAAACCAACUUACCAACUAUUUUGGAACAAUUUGAAGAAUAAUACUAUUAAAGACAAUGUCUCAGAAAUCUUGAUAUUUACUAGGACUAAAGAGAAUUCUUAAUUUUUUCGUAGAGUUAUGAUGAAGACAAUCUUAUUAAUUCACUAAUUAAUGAAGCAAUUUUUGAUUCAAUAUAAUAAAAUAUAUGA